AUGCCAAUUGUUAGUGAGUGUUCUGAUGAAACUGAUUUGUGGAUGCAGAAAAGGCUUGACCCGUUGCUUUUCAAAAUAGCUUGUGCCCAGGCAGCAAAGAAUAAAUGGGUGGAGAUGGGAAAGCGGCUAGUGCCCAGAAAGGUACGGUUUUUUCAGGACAUUGACAUUCAAGAUGAUGCUAUUGGCAACAUGCUUGUAAAGUUUCCUUCAUUAGUAACAUGCAGCCCCUACAAGAAGAUCUGGUUACUAAUUAUUGCAUCUCAAUACUACGAAGGUCCAAUUUCACCAUGCACUCUUGUUUCUGUUUUACUUACAGCUUCUGGAACUUUGACGCCCUGUUCCUGCCGCAACAACAUCCUGCCUGUGAUUUCUCCUUCCACAACAAAGGAACUGCCUGAAGGUUAUGUUGAGCGGGUGAAGCAUGUACACGAUUCUGGUGGUUACGGUUCUAGGGGGUAUGAAUAUGAUUGGAGCAAAGAGGAAGCAAACAAAAACCUUCUGCGAAAUCACAAAACAGCUGUGUCAGCCAGGAUGCUUUACGAGCUAGCUAAGGUGUAA